UCACAGAAAUUUGUUCUUCCCCGUCGAGCACUAUGAAGAAAAAGGGUGUGGAUGGCGACGCACCAUCUCUUCCCGAAGACAUCAUCAGAAACAUUCUGAAACGACUUCCUGUAAAAUCCCUAAUGCGAUUUCAAUGUGUCUGCAAGCAUUGGAGAAAUCUCUUCAAGAGCCCAUCUUUCAUCGUAGACCACCUCCACCACUCCACUCUUCAAAACCCUUAUCUCCUUUCCCAGCUACACGGCUGGGAUGCUCCUUCAAACUUAUAUUUGCUUGAUUCUGAUAUGCAAGUCCGGGAAUUUCAGGACCCUCCUUUGCUCGAUUAUGUGAAGCGCGGUACGUGGAAGGAUGUAAAAGUUACGCUCGAUGGUAGCGUGCGUCUUAGUUCUCAAGGUGUCACUGUUAAUGGUGUCAUGUUUUGGUUUGUGUCAAACCUGGUUGGGCUGGAUACAUAUGAUGAUGAUGAGAAACGGAUUGCUUCAUUUGACCUAGCAACGGAGGUGCUUACAGUGAUACCAGUACCUGAGCAACGCUCUACUUCAUGGCUUACUGUGUAUGAGGAAAAACUUGCUAUGGUUUCUCAUUCUGUGAUUGGAAACAGAGAACAUUGUGUUAUUGAUCUGUGGGUAAUGGAGGAAGGUAUAGGUGCAUCUGGGGAGAGAUGGAGUUGGACUAAGAAAUAUACUAGCAGCCCUUAUCCACGCUUGUUAUAUCCCGUGAUCAUUUGGAGGAAUGAAAUUGUCUGCAAGGUUUCAAGACCCAGAGGCAAUACUGAAGAUGGGGUUGAAGUAGUGGAGAAUGAUGAACCAACUACUGUUCUCUUCAAUCUCACUACUAAAAAAUGUAAGGUGUUUGCUAUUAGCAAAUUUGACUAUCACCAUCUUGUUAUCGAUUAUGCCGAAAGCCUAGUUCCUGUUGGAGGAAUGAAAUCACUGGCAAAUUUUCUGUAGGGUCUGGACUCAUUCAUAAUAUUGGAUGCAAAGUGGAAAAUGAUUUAGCAAAAGCUAUCCUAUCUCUGAUCAAUCUCACAGCUUACGAAUUUUAGAUGUUUGUUUCCUAAAUCUUCAUCUUCAUCUUGCAGAUUUACUUAGUUUAGGCACGUUUGAUGAAAGUCGAACCUUACCAGUUAGGAUUAUUUUGUACCUAUAAGGCUUGACCUUUAGAGAUGUUAUCUAGAAUGAUGUAUGCAUAUGUGUAAUACCAGUUGCUUGUAGCUGCCUUUG